UAAAUAAAAAAUUAAAUUUGUUAGCUCUAAUUUAUAGAUAUGAAGUAAAAUAAUAUAUAAAUGUAGCAAAAUUCUCAAAACAAAGAGCAAAAUAAAACAGAGGAAAAAUAAGGUAAAAUGUAGAAUUAAUAGAAUCAAUAAGACUCAACUAUUAAUUAACAGACUCAUUUAGAUAGUAAUAGUUAGGCUUAGUAGCAGUUUUCAAAUUCAUAGGAAAAUUAGCAAAUUAUAAAGCCUUUAGAUAAUAGUUCCACUAUUUAAAAUACAAAUGGUUCACCUUAGAAAUAAUUAUAAAAUAUUUCAAAAGAUGAUAAAAUAAAAAUGAAAAUGGAGUUAAUGGAAAAACUAAAAGAUUUAGAAGGAGAAAUAGAAUAAAUGGAGUAGGAAGAAGAAAAUAUUUUGCAGAGUGAUUAAAAAAAAGGAAAAAAUAGCUAAUAAUCAAAAAGGAAAACCAACCCACUCUAGAGUAAUGCUUCUAGUGAAGAGUAUGUAAAAAGGAUUAAAGAGCUUGAAAAAGAAAGAAAAACAUUAAAAUAAAGGAGAGAAGAGAGAAUAAACUAAUAUGAAGCAGCCUUAUAAGAAUAGCUUUAGAAGCAAAAGGAAGAAGAAAUUUUAAAUAAACAAAGAAUGAAGUAAUUGAAAAAGUUGGAAUCUGAAAAAAAGCUAGCUGAAAUAGAAUAAAGAAAAAAAGAAAGAGAGGAGAAGUAAAAGGAAGAAAAGUAAAAAAUACAUGAUAUUAAAUAAUAAAAGCCUUUAUAUGUUGAUUUAGCAGAAAAAUUUUCUGUAUAGCAAAGCUAAGAGCUUCAAGAAAAGAAAAAAUUAUUAGUAAAUUUGAGGGAGAUUUCAAAACCCAUAGAUUUUAAAAUAAUAAAAUAGCACUAAGAAGAAUAUGAUAAGAAGAAAAAAUAAAAAGAAUCAUCCCUUCCUCGCAAUAAUAACAAUAAUAAUGAAUGGUCUUAUGAAAAACCUUCAUAUAAAGGUAAAAUCUUCGAAAUGUACAACAAUGAUGUAGAGCAUAGUAAAAAUAAUAACGAGUUUAAACAAAAGAAUGCAUAACAAAUCGUGGAAAGACGCAAAUUGUUUAGUUUGAUUAUAAAAGAAAAUUUUUAGCCUAAGCAUGAUCCUAAAAAAGAGUAAGAAUUUAAAGAAAUAUAAUCGAGAAUACACACUUAACCAAGGAGUUAAAAAAAUUUGGAUUUAGUGAAAGCAGAAGGUAAUGAAUAUUUAAGAAACUCAAUUGAAAAAGUAAAAACUUUAAAUAAGAGUAAUUCUUAAACUGAUAGGCUAUCACUAAAAGAAAUUAAAGAUAAAUAUCUAUUAAAUUAAAAUUAAUAGUAGUCUAAUAUCAAGCUAAAAUCAAUUUAGAGUUCUAUUUAACUUGAGAAUCCCUCCCUAUCUAACCUAAACAUUUCUUAGAUAUCAUAAAACAAAUAAAGAUAAUUAUCUUAUCAUAAUAAUAAUAAUUCAGGUUCUUCAAAUAAAUAAAAUAAUAAUAGAGGGAAUGAAGAAAUAAAUUAUGGAAGCAAUGUAUUUAUAAAGAUACAAGAAGAUGUGAAUGCCAACAAGAGGAGCUUUGAAACAGUUGAUGAAAAAAAAAAGUUUUUUGAUUAUGUUCAAAGGGAAUAUAGAAAAAAGCUUGGAUCUAAGUACAUGGAGUCUGCUCGUUACUAAAACUCUCAUCCUUAAAACUUAGAAGAUCAUAUAAAAGAAGAGGUUGAUAAAAAACUUUACAAGCAGUAAUAUCCAAUUGAGUAAAAAAUAUAAAUAGUACAGAAUAUCCUUAAACCCUAUGAGGAAAAAGCAGAACGUGAUCACAGACUAUUAGGUAUUCAAUAAAAUGAUCAAUAAGCUAGAAUUAGUGUUGCUGAUACUUAUCUUUCUUCUAUAAAAGCAAAGUUAGCUUUAAUCAAUAAAAUUCAAACCGAAUCAUAUGAAGCCUUAUAAUAAUAAAAGGCAAAUUAAAUUAUCUUAAAAGUUGAUAACAAGAGUAAAAGGGUAAGCAGGAAAAAAAAGAAGACCUAAUAUUUUGAUGCUGAAAAAAUUAAUAACAUAUACGCUCCUUCUCCUAAAAGAAACGGGUCAAUCAGUCCAACUUUAAGGACUAAAGUUAAUUAAAACUAAUAGUACGAACAGUUUUCUGAAUUCUCACCAUUAAAACAUACACCGUAACAAACAAAUAGGCAAAUAUCACAGAAUUUAUCUCCAUAAAAAGUAGUUAUAAAUUAAUAAUAGAUAAAUAAAGAUGAAAAGCAAUCAGAAAAAAAAAUAGAAAAUUAAUAGGAAGCAAAUUAUAAUUAAAAAAAUAACAAUAAUAAUAAAUAAUCCCAAAAUAAUUCUUAUAACAGCUAAAACUAAAUUUCUAGUAAACAAAAUUUAAAUAAUAAUGAAAAAUUUUCAAGUUAAGGUGAAAUAAACAAUAAUAUAAAUAACUAAAAUGUUUAAAAGUAAGAAAAAUUAGAAUCAAAUACAUUCAAUAAUAAAGGUCAGGAAGGAUAAUCACCCUUAAAAAAUUAAUAAAAUCAGAAUACUAAAAGCAACGAAUUAACAUUUAGCAACUAAGCCACACAGUAAAACUAAGUAGUGCUAAGUAAUUAGUCAUAAUAACAUAUAUAAAUAGUACCUAACAAUUAAGAAAAAUAACAAGAACUUUAAAAAUCUAAAAACUCUUAAUCUUAUUUAUCAAAAGCAGAUAGAGAAUAUUUGAGUAAAUAACAAAUGCAAAGUAAUAUUUAAAAUAAUAUUUAGAUUUUAGAAAAAAUCUAAUCUGGUUAGAGUUUAAAUUCUUAAUAAUAAAAAUAAACAAAUGUUAUUUAAAAAUUACCAAAUAAUACAUAGAAUACUGUAGAUAAUGCUUAACUACAAAACCAAAAUAAAAUUUAAACUGACAAUAAUAAUAAUAAUAAUAACUAGAAUAUGACUUCAUAGAAAGUAGUUAGCAAUUAAGUUAGUUAAGAUUCUAAUAAAAAAGAAUCUUAAAAUAAUAUUUUAAAUGAGAUACCAAACAAACAAAAUAAUGCAUAUUAGACAAAUAAUAUUUAACAACAAAAUCCAAACAAAUUUUAGAUUAAUAAUAAUAGUAACUAGAAUAUUACUCCAUAAAAAGUAGUUACCAAUUCAGAUGUUAAAGAUUCUGAUAAAAAAGAAUUUUAAAAUACUUAACAUGGUACUGGUAGUUCUAAUUAAAAAAAUCAAUAAAAUAUUUAGCAAAAUUAAUCUAAAGUAAUUCAUAUUUAAAAAAAUAAUGAUUUUAAUGAGUAAUCAGAUAAUUCAAAUAAUAAAAAAUCAAUAGAUAUUAAUGAAUUUGAAUAGUAAAAAUAACAACAAAAUUAAAAUAGAUAAAAUGUAGAUUAAAAUAUCUUGAAGAAAUAAUUCUUUUCAGUUUAAAUACAACAAGUUACCAACAUAAAAGAAAAAAAUCCUAUAACUUACCAUAUCUAAAUUGUAGAUAAAAACACAGUGAUUAAAGAUCUUGAUGGUCUUAAUAUUGACAUCGAGCCUUUAGAUUUAAUAGUACCUGAAGAUGACAAAGAUGUUGCCUUUAUUAAUGAUACAUUAGAAGUUAAUUAUGAUCCUAAAAAAAUGCUAAAACAUUAUGCAAACAGGCUGUAGGAUAUUUAUAUUGUUUUCAGAAUUAUACAAGAAAAGAACUAAAUUGAAGAACUUAUUGGAUGGACAGCAAGUCCCUUAUUUAAAGAAAACUAAUUUAAUUAUGGUAUUUUCAAAUAGCAGUUGUACUUGCCUCCAGAUAUUUUCUAAUUACCAUUAGAAAAGUCUAAAUACAAAUAGUCAUAUAUGGGUAUUUAGUUCAAAAUAUUUGAAGGAAAAUUAUGA